AUGUCACAGCGGGCGCUCGUUACUGCAGGCCGCCGUGCCACCAAAGUUCAUAGCUCUGCGCCUCAGUCUCAACCAUCACGAUGCCUAUUCUCAUCGAGUCCGAAAACCAAAUUUAAUUCCCCCAGAUUCUUCUUUCGAGCACAAGAUGCGCCGUUGGUCUCGUCUCUAGUCCCUGAACCCUGGUUAUCGCAACUUAGUCGAACGCAAACACAUAACCGAACCUCAUCAAAUCGCCGACUGCGCUUUUCAACCACAGCUACGAGGCUCGCUACAACAGCAUCUUUGAACCCGAGGGUGGACGAUGAUGGAAGCCCCAUGACGAUUGAAAUUUCCUCUCGUGCUGAAAAGCGUCUUCGAGAACUAACAAAUCCUGUAACCUCCAAACCAUCCCUAACUUCAAAUUCCGAACCCUACGACCAUCUCCGCGUCACCGUCACCAGCGGCGGCUGCCACGGAUUCCAAUAUCUCAUGUCCCUGGACCCAGCUUCGAAAAUCGAUUCUGAAGACGACACUGUUUUUGAAGCAACUGCUGAAGAUGAAUCCACACCACCCGCUGGACAGGCAAAAGUUGUUAUGGAUCUUGCCUCGCUGGAACUGCUGAGGGGCAGUACAAUCGAUUACACAAUCGAGCUGAUAGGAAGUCAGUUCAAAGUUGUGAAUAAUCCAAGGGCUACAAGCAGUUGUGGAUGUGGAACAAGCUUCGAUGUUCCAGAGUGA